AUGUGCGGAGAAUGGAAUUGUCCAAUCGCUAUGGGAAAUACUGUUGUUGGGCUUGGUGAUUCGUUGGACAUGGUCCUGUUCUUCUGGUCUCUGGUUGCGUGGGUCUGCCACUACAUAGAUCUAUUGAAUUGCUACUACGACCGCCACAGUAAAAUGUCGGGUGCUGGCUGA